CGGGGCGGGGCGUGCGGCGCCACUUCCGGUUUGGCGGUCCCGCUGCGGGCGGCAGGUUUGAGUGUGGAGGAGUUAUUCCCAUCAUCUUCUGAAGACGCCUGGCACAGGAGGAAGAGCUCUUCAUCUGUAUGGACCUGAGAGGAGAGGGAAGAGCCUUCGAUUGACUUGAGCUUCUGGGAAGCACAGACUGAGAGAGGGACGAUUUGCUCCCAAAAUGUUUUUUGAUCAUGAGAGCAUCAAGGAUCCUGAGGAGUAUGAAGAUGAACUCUACCACGAGGAGUCAUCCAGUGAGCAGAGUGUUGACAGUGAGGUGGAAUUUCAUCUCUACAGCCAGAUCCACUACUCCCAGAACCUCGGAGAAGCCAGUAUGCAGGGAAGUGACGAGGAAGAAAGCACUGCAGGGCUCAGGGGUUGCCAUCCAGCUCCAGAUGAGCAAUGCUACAAAGAUGAGAAGGCCACCAAGACCACCAGCUGUGCUACUCAGACUCCAGAUAGCCCUGAUGUCAUUGUCUUGUCUGAUGGCCCAGAGGAAGACAGCAUUUACGUAAGCAAAGCAAAGCAGCCCAGAAGGCCUCUAGCUCAAGAUAAAAUACGUGCCCAUCCAGCAACUUCCACCCCAACUCACAUGGAGGCUGCAGGGUACAGCCCCUGGGGUGUCGCUGGAUCAGAUGUUUCAAAGAAAAGGAAAGACCUCAGCAGACAGCUGAGCCCGGUGCGUCCUGCUGGAGCUUCUGCCAUCCAAGAUGUGUUGGUGAUAGACAGCUCAGAGGAGGAGAGCUUGGUGUCUGAAAGUGAGCACAUCGAGAGCUGGAUGCUGCUGGGAGCUGGUGCUGAUGACAAGGAUGAAGACAUCAUAUUAAACCUUGAGGGCUGUGCCACUCCUGUCAGCCAAGGAGCACCUGAUGUGGACUGGUCCAUCUCUACUAAAGACUUGGAGGCACAGAUCUCCAACUUCGGGGCCAUGCGGCGCAGCGCUGCUCGGUACUACACAGCCGACAAGAACGUCACCUGCAGGAACUGUGCCAGGCAGGGCCACCUGUCCAAGAACUGUCCUGUCCCAAAGAAGGUUCCCCCAUGCUGCCUGUGUGCCAGAAGAGGUCACCUCCAGCACAACUGCCCAGCCCGUUUCUGCCAGAACUGCUUCUUGCCUGGCCACUGCUUCAGGGACUGCCUGGAGAAGCCCUUCUGGAACAAGCUCUGCAAUCGCUGCCAGAUGCGGGGGCAUUAUGCUGAUGCUUGCCCAGAAAUAUGGAGGCAGUAUCACCUAACAACCCAUCCAGGACACAUCCAGGAGGCAGGGCCCCGACGCACACCGCCAUCCCCAGCCUAUUGCUACAACUGCUCCCGCAGGGGGCACUUCGGAUACGAAUGCUCAGAGAAGAGGAUGCACGAGAGCAUGCUGCCAGCUUACCCCUUCAUCUGCUGCUAUGACGACAAGCAGGAGAUCAGGAGAAGAGCCUACAGGUUGAAGAGGAAGGUUGAAGAACUCCAGGGAGCUGGCCUCCUGCCCCAGCAGGUGUCCACACCGGCCCAGGAGGGGCCCAGCCACAGCAAGAGGAGCAAGUCUUGGAGGGAGCACAGCAAGUGGCAGAAGGAUGGCAAGUGCCACAGAAAGAUGGCCAUGUCCUGGGAAGAGGAGCAGCACAGAAGCAGUGGUCUGGAGGAGGCCUUCCCCAGAGGGCUGAAGAGGCAGGCAUGGAAGGGCAGCAAAAGCCACCAGAUGUCCCUGUUCCAGGCACUCCCAGGCAGCUGGACCGUGGGCCCACCAGCGCAUCGGGAGGGUGCCAGGAGAAAGAAGAAGUGCAGAAAGAAGAAGGAUGCUGGUCCUGACGUCAGUGAUAACCUGUUCCUCAUAAAGCAGAGAAGGAAGAAGUCCAAGGAGAAGUCUUGUUGAUGGGAGAGCAGCUGGGUAGCGCUGGCCUGGGCUCUGCCUGCUGCUUGUUCCCCUCCUCUCACACUGAAUUUGGGUCUGUCCUGAGGCCGGGUAGGUGUGCCCUGGCACCAGUCACACCCCAGUCUCCACCUCCAUCCCUCCUCUGAGCCCAUUCAGCUGGUGGUGGGACCCUGCUGCUGCCAGGGUCUGGCCACAGUCCCAGAACAGGCUUCGAGGUGACUUCCUUU